UUUUUUCGUGUAUCGCUGAAAUUAAGGCCACAACAUUCAUUUGCCUCUGUAAUUGGUCAACCAGACAAGCUGAGGCGAACGCUCGAUUCCUCCACCGAGAUCAUCAAUGGCGAAGAAAGCCAUUGACCCAACUUCGAUGACCAGAAACGAAACCCUAGUUUUGAAAUACGCCGUGAUCUCACGAAUUCUCGUUCUGGGUCUGACCCUUUUGUGGCGUAGCUUCCUCGAACCGUACGACACCUCCGCCGCCGUCGACCCGCCUUGCCUCCGCCCCAACGAGAUCGCCGGAGAUUAUCCUCCGCCGAAGUUUGCGGCGGCGGCGAAGAUCCUCGAAAACGGCAUCGUUUGGGACAGUGUGUAUUUCGUUCGCAUCGCUCAGUGCGGAUAUGAGUACGAGCAGACUUACGCCUUCUUGCCUCUGCUUCCGUUCUGCAUCUCGGUUUUGUCCCGUUCAGUUUUUGCGCCUUUGGUUCCUGUGAUCGGACUCAGAGCUGUCAUGGCGUUGUGUGGUUAUGUUGUCAGCAACUUGGCGUUCUUACUUGCAGCAAUUUAUCUAUUCAGGCUUUCAGUUAUUAUCUUGAAGGACCCUGAAGCGGCAUUAAGAGCCUCGAUCUUGUUCUGUUUCAACCCAGCUUCCAUAUUUUAUUCAUCAAUAUACUCGGAAAGUUUAUAUGCUCUCUUUUCAAUCGGAGGAGUGUAUCAUCUAAUAUCCGGUACCAGCAGUAUAGCCGUUUUUUGGUUCGCUCUCUCUGGCUUUGCAAGGUCCAACGGAGUUCUUAAUGCUGGUUAUAUCUGUUUCCGGACGAUGCAUCGAGCAUAUGAUGCUCUGUAUAUGAAAAGGCGUAUUCAUUUGGUUGUGCAGGUUGUUAUAACUGGGUUUCUUCAAUGUGUAUGCAUUUGUCUUCCUUUCGUCGCUUUUCAAGCAUAUGGAUAUUAUAACAUCUGCCAUGGACGUAACCGAGAUGAAGUUAGGCCUUGGUGCAAAGCAAGGGUGCCUCUUCUGUACAAUUUCAUUCAAAGUCAUUAUUGGGGAGUAGGUUUUCUUAGGUACUUCCAAUUCAAACAGCUCCCAAAUUUUCUUCUCGCGUCCCCAAUUCUAUCGCUUGCUGUCUGCUCGAUAUUGAGUUAUGUGAAGUCACGGCCUGAGCUCUUCCUUUCGUUGGGUUUUCAAGCUUCCAAUGAAGAGAAGAGAUCUACAUCAAGGCUUUUCUAUCUGGAGGAUAUUGCUGAAUCUGAAGUUACCCGAUCUCCUGGGAAAACUUCGUCAAAUAUGGGGAAUCACGAUAUUAGGCAGCGAAAGCCUAGCAGAGCGAGGGAUGCGCCUGCAGAACCCAAAGCACCCGAAAAUUUCGGCUUUUUAUCAGCUGCUGUUUUCCCAUUUGUCGUACACUUGGGUUUAUUGACGGCCACGGCUUUCUUCGUCAUGCAUGUGCAGGUUGCAACACGGUUCUUGUCAGCAAGCCCUCCUCUUUACUGGUUCGCCUCGUAUUUGAUGGCGGCUCCUAAACAUCGAAGAUGGGGUUACAUGAUAUGGACAUAUUGUGCAGCGUAUAUCCUUCUCGGCAGUCUCCUCUUCUCAAACUUCUACCCGUUCACGUGACGGGAAUGGAGAUUAGACUCGAGAAAAAUGUUAAGCUUUCAGGUAACUUGCUCAGCUUUAUCAUUCACCUUUCCCUUCCAUCUUCACAAGAUCACACUGAAUAAUCCGAGCUUUUUUGCAAAACCCUAAACUCUAAACCCUAAACCGGGAGAUAACCCGAGAGGUCGUUCUCCAUUAUCCCGACCUUGAGACCUGAGUCUUCGGAAAACUGUGGCGGUGUAUCUGGUUAAAUGUUUAGCCAUUGUUUUGUUCUCUUCAGCUGAGGUUAGAACAUGUUCUAUGGCUGUCUGUAUCAAUGAUGUUUCUGGGGGGGAAAAUUACUUGAUGUAGUAAUUCUUAUGCUUUUCUAAUGUUAUAUUUUUUAAAAUAUUUUAGAAUAUACAAUUAUUAAUGUGUGUAUUGGAUUUGGUGA